AACCCAUGGAUGUUUCUGUUCUAAAGCUGGACUAGAUCCAAACGCGGUGGGAACGUAUUUUGAUUUCAAAGCGUUACGACCUGUUCCCCUGGUGCUCAUUACAUUAAAAUUUCUCCACGGGAGACUCCAAGCUCCGCGGAUCCCAGGAUUAUAUGAAAAUAAAGCCAUGUAUUGAAAUUUACAUUCUGUGUUUUGAAAGUCACACGAUAUAAGUAUACAUGUAAAGUAGCAACCUAUAUUACGAUGACUCGUAUUUUACGAUGACUCGAGUUGUUUUAUUCUUGGCUGUUACUAUUCGUUAGAUUUAUUUAUUUUGUAAGUUAUAUUAUGAUCGUACACGUCUGGCAACAAUUACAUAAUCCAAUACAGAAAAGCAUUUUUGGAAUUUCAGCCACAUUUCCAUUGCUUGUGAAUAUACUAAGGAAAUAUAAAUAUAAAUAAAAUAUUUCUUGUUGCAAGUCAUUUGCUUGAAAAAGAUAAGACCCGUACAACAGCGCGCGGCGCACUUGAGGGGUUUCAUUCUGUCUGCUCGGUUGGGACCCGACGGAGUGGAGUUAACGGAACCGAACGCUAGCAAGACCCUGCGACGGAACCACUUUGGGUUUAUUACACAUGAUGGCCACCGACACACCUGCUGUCUGGCUCUUAAAAACGUGCUUUCUUCUUGUUUGGGGGAGUUUUAUUACAGAUGCCAUCCAGGAUCAAGGAAGUUUGUACAUGUGGAUUGACGCCAACCAAGCCAGAAUCCUUAUUGGUUUUGAAGAAGAUAUUUUGAUUGUGUCAGAGGGUAAAAUGGCCCCAUUUACUCACGACUUCAGAAGAGCGCAACAGAGGAUGCCUGCAAUUCCUGUCAAUAUCAACCACGUGAACUUUACCUGGCAAGCUCCGGGACAGGCAGAAUACUUCUACGAGUUCCAAACCCUCCGCUCCUUGGACAGAGACAUCAUGGAUGACCCGACAGUCAAUGUCCCCCUGCUGGGAUCUGUCCCACACAAGCCAUCAGUGGUGCAGGUGGGCUUCCCCUGUCUGGGCAACCAGGACGGCGUAGCGGCCUUCGAGGUGACGGUGCAGGUGAUGGACAGUGGGGGCAGCGUGGUGCUGAGGACCCCACACAAUGCCAUCUUCUUCAAGACCUGCCAGAGAGCCAAGUGCCCGGGUGGCUGUCGGAACGGAGGGUUCUGCAAUGAGAGGCAGGUGUGCGAGUGCCAGGACGGCUUUUACGGACCGCACUGCGAGAAAGCCCUGUGCUCCCCUCAGUGCCUGAAUGGCGGCCUGUGUGUAAGUCCUGGCAUCUGCAUCUGCCCCCCCGGCUACUACGGUGCCAGCUGUGAGAAAGCCAACUGCAGUACCUCCUGCCUGAAUGGGGGCACCUGUUUCCAUCCGGGCAAGUGCAUCUGCCCCCCCGGAUACAGGGGCAACCACUGCGAGAUCAGCCGCUGCAGCCAGCCCUGUCUGAAUGGCGGAAAGUGUGGCGGGAGGAACAAGUGCAAGUGUGCCAAGGGUUUCCAUGGCGAAAUCUGCUCCAAGGCUGUCUGCGAGCCAAGCUGUGGCCCCCAUGGGACCUGCAUAGAACCCAACGGGUGCCAAUGUCGGGACGGAUGGCACGGACACCAUUGCAACAAGAGUGAGUGAAAAACAGCCCCUCCCCCCAUUUGCCCCACCCCUUAUCCCAGGAAUGAGCCCUUAACAGACUCCAGCAUCCAGCUCAGCCGUUCAUCUCGAUGAACUUCACAUGACAGCACAAUGCGAGGUUUGCCAACCUUACCUCUUGUUCCCGAAAUCCCAUUCCAUGUACAAAAGUGGAAGAUUGCCUGCAAUACUUAGUUACAGGCAGUAGGGCGGUGGCGUUAAAACCGGGACAUUCUCAGUGGCAUAAAUCUGUCAUUGGGUAAUAUGGCGUAAAUAUUGGGUAAUAAGUAAAU